UUUUGAGGUUCAAUGACAAUUUGGAUAUUUUCAACAACAAAAAAUAUACAUGAGAGGAGGAGUAAGAAAAAUAAAUGCUGCAAAAGUGAUCCACUUUUACAUCACUUAUCCAUUUGAUUACAUCAUCAUUGAAGACAUCUGAAGAAAAUAGAGACAAGAAUUUUUUUGACCAUCGCUUCCGACUUAUUACACCAAAAUUAAUAAUAAUAAUUAACUGAAUUACCGAUUAAUUACCGAUUAUUACUUAUUGGUGACCACACACACACACACACACACACACACACAGCACUUGGACAUCACAUUAAUGCAAAACAUUACGACAAUGGAGUCGUUUGAGGCCAAUCUGCGAUUGGAGAUGAAGACACCGCAGAUAUUCCGGUUGAGGACACAGUCGACGGUAGACGAGGGGCCGCUAAUGUUAUCGAAAGAGGGAAACAUACCGAAAGAUCACGCCAAAGGCAAAGUGAUUGCCGUAUUCACUAGCGGUGGCGACUCUCAAGGAAUGAAUGCCGCCGUCCGGGCCGUUGUCCGAAUGGGUCUCUAUCUUGGCUGUCGUGUCUACUUUAUCAACGAAGGCUACCAGGGUAUGGUUGAUGGCGGCGAUCACAUUGAAGAGGCUACCUGGGUAUCGGUGUCGGGUAUUAUACAUAAGGGAGGAACAGUAAUAGGCAGCGCCCGGUGCGCCGAAUUUCGCGAACGAGCCGGCCGUCUGAAGGCUGCCUACAAUCUCAUUCAACAUGAAAUCACAAAUUUGGUUGUCAUCGGCGGCGACGGCAGUCUAACCGGUGCCAACCUGUUUCGACAGGAAUGGUCGUCACUGUUAGACGAACUAAUAUCAACAGGCCAACUUCCACCCGAAAAAAAGCAAACCUGCGCUCAUUUGCAUAUUGUCGGAAUGGUCGGAUCCAUUGACAACGACUUUUGCGGUACCGACAUGACUAUCGGUACCGAUUCGGCUUUGCAUCGGAUCAUCGAAGCUAUCGAUGCCAUUGUGACCACCGCUUCCAGCCAUCAGCGGACAUUCAUUCUGGAAGUAAUGGGCAGACACUGCGGCUAUUUAGCACUGGUAGCUGCAUUGGCCAGCGAAGCUGAUUUUGUUUUUAUACCCGAAUGGCCGCCCGAAACUGAAUGGCCAUUGAGAAUAUGUCGCAAACUGGAACAGGAGCGACGUAUGGGUCAACGAUUGAACAUUAUUAUCGUAGCCGAAGGUGCCAUCGAUCGGGAAGGACAUCCCAUUACGGCCGAACAAGUUAAGGAAGUUAUUGUCAAAAGUACUGGCCAGGACACCCGUAUAACAGUAUUGGGUCAUGUCCAGCGUGGCGGCAGUCCGUCGGCUUUCGACCGAAUUCUCGGCUGUCGUAUGGGUGCCGAAGCAGUGCUGGCACUGUUGGAGGCCACACCCGAAUCGGAAGCGUGCGUUGUGUCGCUGGACGGCAAUCAAGCGGUCAGAUAUCCGCUGAUGCAAUGUGUGGAAAAAACCAAAUCGGUGGCCACGGCUAUGAAAGACGGCAAAUGGGAACUGGCUGUCAAACUACGCGGUCGCAGUUUUGAACGCAAUUUGGAAACAUAUAAAAUGUUGACCCGUAUUCGGCCGCCAAAAUCGGUUAGCGACGAACAGUCAGUGGGCGGCUAUAGGUUGGCCGUUAUGCAUGCCGGUGCUCCGUGUUGCGGUAUGAAUGCCGCCGUCCGAUCGUUUGUCCGGAAUGUCAUAUUCAGGGGCGACACUGUACUCGGGAUUCACGAAGGUUUCGACGGAUUCAUUGACGGCGAUAUUCACGCAAUUGGUUGGACUGAUGUGGCCGGUUGGGUCGGCCAGGGCGGCGCAUUUCUCGGCACUCGGCGAACACUGCCCGAAAAGAACAUCCAGAAGAUUGUCGAACGAAUCAAAGAGUUUAAGAUUCAGGCUCUGCUGGUUAUCGGCGGUUUCGAGGCCUAUCAUUCGAUACUGCAGUUGGCCGAAGCCCGCAACGAAUUUGCCGAACUCAGGAUACCGAUGUGCGUAAUACCGGCCACUAUUAGCAACAAUAUUCCCGGUACAGACUUUUCGCUCGGUGCCGACACUGCACUCAAUGAGAUUACCGAAAUUUGCGAUCGUAUCCGACAGUCAGCUCAGGGUACUAAACGUCGUGUGUUUGUCGUCGAAACAAUGGGCGGCUAUUGCGGCUAUUUGGCCACAAUGGCCGGACUGGCUGGCGGUGCCGACGCUGCCUACAUAUACGAAGAACCAUUUUCCAUUAAGGAUCUAAUGGGUGAUGUCAUACAUAUGCACUCGAAGAUGACUGAAGGCGUCCAACGGGGUCUUAUACUACGCAACGAAAAAGCCAAUGCAAACUAUUCAACCGAUUUUGUCUACCGUCUCUACUCGGAGGAAGGCAAAGAUAUAUUCUCGACCCGUCACAAUAUACUCGGCCACAUGCAACAGGGCGGUUCGCCGACACCGUACGAUCGAAAUUUCGGUACGAAAAUGGCUGCCAAAGCUGCCGACUGGCUGCACGCACAGCUCAAAUUGCAUACCCAACCCGACUGUUCGGUUGUAUGUUCGACACCCGAUACGGCCGUACUGUUAGGUCUGGUCCGACGACAGUAUCGAUUUACGCCCUGUCAGACACUGAAAUUGGAAACUGAUUUCAAAUGUCGUAUACCACGAAAACAAUGGUGGCUACGGUUAAGGCCAUUACUGCAAGCACUCGCCACCCCUGUUAGCCUAACCGGCGAAACCGAGACAACUGUCUAUGAUUUUAAAAGAUUAUUGGAUUCAUAGAUUCAUAGAUACACUUAUACCCCGGGAAUCCAAUGAUUGUUUAAUUUAAUUUGAUUGAUUGAUAUUAUUUGAUUAGUGAAUUUAAAUGAUAGUUAAUAUAUAUAUAUAUA